CGCCGCCCUCAUUUCCAUUUCCCUGCCUCCUCCUCUUCUUCAUCCUCAUCUGCCACGAUCGAACUGCCAAGCAAAUAAAGCCAGCGGCGACCGACGACCCGGCCGGCCACCGUAUCCUUCGCACUGCCCUCGGCGUAGCGUAGCCGCUCGUCAGAGCAGCAGCUAGCAGCCAUGGCCAGCAGGAGGCAGUGGUGGUGGUGCCUGCUGCUGCUGGCGGCGUGGUGCUGCGCGGUGGCGGCGGCGCAGUCGUCGCCGCCGGCGGCGGACCCGCUGCAGAGCAAGUGCCAGGGGGACUUCGGGAAGCUGACGGACUGCAUGGACUACGCGACGGGCCACGCGGCGUCGCCGUCCUCCACCUGCUGCGGCGACGCCGGCGACACGGAGAAGGCGCGGCCCGAGUGCCUCUGCUACAUCAUCCAGCAGGUGCACACGGGGCGCAACCAGGUGCAGUCGCUCGGCCUGCGCUUCGACCGACUCAUCGCGCUCCCCGCUGCCUGCAACCUCCCCAACUCCAACGUCUCCCUCUGCAUCAACCUGCUGAACCUGAAACCGGGCUCCCCGGACUACGCCCUCUUCGCCAACGCCUCCAAGAUCACGCCAUCAACUAACCCGGCGAGCGACAGCACCGCCGGAAGCGGCUUCAAGCUUCAGGCCGGCAUCCAUGGCAGCGUCGUGCUCGCCGUGAUCUCUGCGAUCGUCUCGUCACUCUUCUGAUCGGUCUCGUCAAAGGAGAAGCGGCAGUUUUUUUUACCCUGUGGAUUCGUUCUCUUGUUCCACUAGUCGAUGUUUAUUUUGUAUCCACAUAAAAAAAGAAGAUCCAGCUGAGACCUGUUUUUUCCCCUCCCUGUACCGUGUUUCAUGAUCACUGAUGAGAAUGGAUGGAUUUGUGAUUGUGCAUCGCAAUUCACAAGUUCACAACCCUCUGUUCUGGAGAAACAGAGUGGCAGUGCAGGAAACAAUUUCAAAUAAUUUAGUUGUUUUCCUGCUGUUUCCA